AAAAACGUGAAUCAUCAGAGCUAACGUCACGCGAGACGCUUUUUUUUCAUUGUUUAUAACAAGUAAGUAAAAAGUAAAAAUUAACGUCAAGUACAGUGAGUGUGUAUACAGUAUAUAUUUACAGAAAAAUUUACAAACACUACCGAAUAUUUAUCACAUAAAAAAACAGAGCAAAGACCUCAAAGAUUUUGAGGAUUCCGGCAGUCCUUGAGUUAUUCACGCAAUCUACGCAAAUAGAUUCUUAUUCUUGAAUUACAUUAGGAGAAAUCGGGCAGACAUCCUUAUUAAGUGACUGGUCUUUGUGUGUAGAUUCACUAUGAGCGUGAUCGAGAUGGACAGCGGAGAUAUUGACAGUAAUAAAUUGAAAAAUAUUAGAAAUAGUUUUAAUAAUGAUGAUAACAAAGAUGUUGGGGAUGCUUUUGGCUAUGGAAAGAACUCUGUGAGUCCAUACCCAACAUCACUGCAAACAGCACCGACUGAAAAGUACGCAAGUCACUACAACAUGAGCCACCCAAAACGUGGGUUUGCAAUAAUAUUUAAUCAUGAAUUUUUUAACGUCAGCAAUAGUUUGAAGCCACGUACUGGUACAAAUGUUGACUGUGAAAAUUUAAUUGCUACUUUAAAGUCAUUGGCAUUUGAUGUGUUUGAUUAUCACAAUUUGAACCAUCGUGACAUAGUUAAGCAUUUGGAAAAUGUCGCAAAUAUGGAUCACACACAGCAUGACUGCCUGAUGGUGGCGGUCCUGAGUCACGGUGAGCUAGGUCUGCUAUACGCCCACGACACACCAUACAAAGCAGAAACAAUCUGGUCAUUCUUUACAUCAGACAAGUGUCCAACCUUGUCUGGAAAACCUAAGUUGUUCUUCAUCCAAGCUUGCCAAGGCGAUAGACUCGACGGGGGUACUGCCGUAAAAGAGAGAACUGAGACCGAUGGUCAGCCUACUGCUACCUUCCGGAUUCCUACUCAUGCAGACUUCUUGAUCGCCUAUUCGACUAUACCAGGUUUCUACUCAUGGCGCAACACAACUCGCGGAUCCUGGUUCAUGCAAGCUCUGUGCAUUGAACUCCGAGAAAACGGCACUCGUUAUGACAUCCUGACUCUCCUUACCUUCGUAGCUCAGCGCGUUGCUCUAGACUUUGAGUCCAACACCCCCGACAACAUGACAAUGCACCAACAAAAACAGAUUCCUUGCAUCACUUCAAUGUUGACGCGUCUCCUUAAAUUCGUACCGAAGAAUCCUGAGUCUAAUGCUACCGGUAGUUCAUAAUUAUAAAUUACAAUCUCAGUAAUUAUUAAUUACU